GACCUCGACACCGACCGGGAAGGCGACGCUGAGACUUACGGUUCCUUCUCCGGCCGAGGCUCAGGGUCGGGGGGACCCCGCAGUCUUGCCACCGCCGCGGCCGCCUCGGCUUCUCGCGCCGGGUCGGCGACCUCAGCAAUGGGAAAUCCAGAAAACAUAGAAGAUGCUUAUGUUGCUGUUAUUCGUCCAAAGAAUAUCGCAAGCCUCAAUUCUCGGGAAUACAGAGCCAAGUCAUAUGAAAUUUUGUUGCAUGAAGUUCCCAUUGAAGGACAAAAAAAGAAGAGAAAGAAAGUUUUGUUGGAAGCUAAACUUCAAAGCAAUGGUGAAAUAACACAAGGCAUAUUGGAUUAUGUAAUAGAAACCACAAAACCAAUUUCUCCCGCAAACCAGGGUAUCAAAGGAAAACGGGUGAUAUUAAUGAAGAAAUUUCCGCUGGAUGGGGAGAAGAUGGGCAGAGAAGCAGCAUUAUUUAUUGUUCCAUCAGUUGUCAAAGAUAAUACCAAAUAUACAUAUACUCCUGGAUGCCCAAUUUUUUAUUGCUUACAAGACAUUAUGCGAGUCUGUAGUGAAUCCAGCACACACUUUGCUACACUUACAGCGAGGAUGUUAAUAGCCUUGGAUAAGUGGUUAGAUGAACGUCAUACACAAUCUCACUUUAUUCCAGCUUUAUUCCGACCUUCUCCUCUGGAGAGGAUAAAAACUAAUGUCAUAAACCCUGCAUAUGCUACUGAAUCAGGUCAGACAGAAAAUUCACUGCAUAUGGGCUAUAGUGCAGUAGAAAUAAAGAGUAAAAUGCUAGCCCUAGAGAAAGCAGAUACCUGUAUUUAUAAUCCUUUGUUUGGAUCAGAUCUUCAGUAUACAAAUCGGGUAGAUAAAGUGGUAAUAAAUCCAUACUUUGGCCUAGGAGCUCCAGACUACUCAAAAAUCCAAAUUCCCAAACAGGAAAAAUGGCAGAGAAGCAUGAGCAGUGUCACAGAAGACAAGGAACGACAAUGGGUAGAUGAUUUCCCUCUCCAUCGAAGUGCCUGUGAAGGAGAUUCAGAAUUACUAAGCCGUCUUCUCAAUGAAAGAUUUUCUGUCAACCAGUUAGAUAGUGACCACUGGGCUCCCAUUCAUUAUGCAUGCUGGUAUGGGAAAGUUGAAGCCACUCGCAUAUUGCUGGAGAAAGGAAAGUGCAAUCCAAACCUUUUAAAUGGACAGCUUAGUUCUCCUCUUCAUUUUGCUGCUGGAGGAGGACAUGCUGAAAUAGUACAAAUUCUCCUAAACCAUCCAGAAAUUGACAGACAUAUAACAGACCAACAAGGAAGAUCCCCUUUAAAUAUUUGUGAAGAAAAUAAACAAAAUAAUUGGGAAGAAGCUGCAAAAUUAUUGAAAGAAGCCAUCAAUAAACCAUAUGAAAAAGUUCGAAUAUACAGAAUGGAUGGAUCAUACCGUUCUGUUGAACUGAAGCAUGGAAAUAAUACCACAGUGCAGCAGAUAAUGGAAGGAAUGCGAUUAUCCCAAGAAACACAGCAGUAUUUCACUAUUUGGAUCUGUUCGGAAAACCUUAGCCUUCAGCUGAAGCCUUAUCAUAAGCCCUUGCAGCAUGUUCGUGAUUGGCCAGAGAUACUUUCUGAAUUGACUAAUUUGGAUCCUCAAAGGGAAACACCACAGCUUUUUCUAAGAAGAGAUGUGAGACUUCCUUUGGAAGUUGAAAAAAAGAUUGAAGACCCACUAGCAAUUCUUAUUCUUUUUGAUGAAGCCAGAUAUAAUUUACUGAAGGGCUUUUAUACAGCUCCUGAUGCUAAACUGAUAACAUUGGCAAGUCUAUUACUGCAAAUAGUUUAUGGAAAUUAUGAAAGCAAAAAACACAAGCAAGGUUUUCUAAAUGAAGAAAAUUUAAAAUCCAUUGUUCCUAUUACCAAGUUGAAAAGUAAGGCACCUCACUGGACAAAUAGAAUACUACAUGAAUACAAGAAUCUUAGUACAAGUGAGGGUGUCAGUAAAGAAAUGCAUCACCUUCAGCGCAUGUUCUUACAGAAUUGUUGGGAAAUUCCUACAUAUGGAGCAGCUUUUUUCACAGGACAGAUAUUUACAAAGGCAAGCCCCAGCAAUCAUAAAGUAAUCCCAGUAUAUGUAGGGGUGAAUAUAAAAGGACUUCAUCUCCUCAACAUGGAAACAAAGGCUUUACUCAUCAGUCUUAAGUAUGGUUGUUUCAUGUGGCAGUUAGGAGAUGCCGAUACUUGUUUUCAGAUUCAUAGUAUGGAAAAUAAAAUGAGCUUUAUAGUACACACAAAACAGGCUGGCCUUGUGGUUAAACUGUUAAUGAAGUUAAAUGGACAGUUAAUGCCCACUGAAAGAAAUUCAUGAGUGGAAAGCAGUGGAUACUCAAACUACCAUACAUUGAUGCGUUUUUUUCCAUGAAAGAUACCUUAAACUGUUACUUCUAAUAAGGACUUAAGUUUCUUAUAAUAUACAUGUAUACUGUUGUAUUGUACAGAAUCUGUACUUAUGUUUGGUGUGUAAUAUACCAAUUAAUUUUAUAUAAUAUUCUCAUAAACUAUUCUAAUUUUUGAAGAAACACAAAAAGAUAUAGAUCAGUAGCCUUUAUUAGUAGACAAAAUAGUAAGCUUUAUUUAAAAAAAACCAAUAUUUUGGUAAAUUUCAAAGAAUUUGAAGUGGAAUGUAAUGAAAUUGAUAAUUGGUUUUGCUAUAAUUUUGUGUCAUUUAAAAAUAUACAAAAAGUGAACUUGAAUAAAGAAAAUGCAUUUUCUACUUAAACCAUGUAACUUAUUUAAAACAUGUUUCUAUAGUCUAGAAUCUCAACAUGCUUGGAUAAAAUCUCAGUUAAAAUAUUUAUCUUCUAUAUAUUAGUAUUUUUCAAAGUAUAGCACUUGAACUCUCUGCGUCAUAUUUACCAGGUUGCCUACUUAGAACAGGAAUUUCAGAGACUCACUCUAGACAAGUUUAUUCACUCUCUGGAAGUAGCAGGACCUGGUAUUCUUGUCUUGAAUUUAAAUUGUUUCCUUCUGAAAUAAUUAAAAACAAGUAAUGUAUUUGUUUGUUUAAGUUAGUUACUUAAAACUAUGUAGUGAUUAUGAUAGUAAGCACAUUUAUACUUAGGUACACAGAUUAAGGACCACUGCUGGUUAUUAGUUUGUUUUGUGUAAUCUAUUCUAUCCUUUCACUUGUUUGUUAACUGGCACAUCAAAUUGCGUUCAGUUGAUUAACCUGGAAAUCUUGUGGUCUUUUUAUCACCCUACAUAUCCUAUUUGUGGAGUUCUGUCAAAUAUCUUUCAAGUCCUUACUCAUUUCUUUCCUUCUUGGUUCGACUGAAGACAAUCUGGUGCAGGUAUUCACACCGUCUAUUUUGAAUGAAUGUGAAAUUUUUUUUUUACAACAAUC